CAAGGGAUUGCUCUCGGUAAUUAUGACAGUGUGUCCCCCCGUUGUCGAAUCUGAUCCCAAGAGUCUUGAACGCCAAGCUUUAUGGCGCGAGAGGAAUGAAAUAGCCAAAGGAAUGAUAUUGUUGGGACUCUCCGACAUGUUAUUUGAUGUCUAUUGCACCCUCCACGGCACGACUAAAGACCUUUGGGAUGAGCUGGAUAGGAAAUAUAAUACUGAUGACCACGAUCUCGAAAAGUAUAUUGUUUCCAAAAUCUUGAGAUUCGACAUGAAGGAGGGAAAAUCUGUUUUAGAACAAACACAAGAAUUUGAGCUUAUGUUACAUUCUCUCCGUGAAGCAGAUAUGGAAUUGCCUGACUAAUUUAAAGUCAUGGUUGUAAUUGAAAAAUUCCCCAAAUCGUGGGAAGAUUUUGGUUUGACUUUAAAACAGAAAAUGAAAAAGAUUACUUGGAAAUCUUUGAUGCAUUUCAUUAUUGUUGAGGAAGAACAUAAGAAAGCGGUUUACAUUGUUCCUGUUGAAUUUCAGCCAAAGGCUCAUGUUGUAACCGUGGGAAAACACUUACAAAAUUCUAAGAAUAAACAACCAUCAUCUUUUAAACCAAUAAAGGCCAAACUAAAAAUCGCAAAGAAACCAAAGGCAAACCGUCCAUGCUGGAACUGUGGACAGAUGGAGCAUUGGGCCAAAUUAUGCCCAAAUAAAAGGCUAAGGCUCAAUCUGGUGGACCUCAAGUCAACAUGGUGACUGGAGGAACUAGUUUUGAUGGCCAGCGGUUGGAAGAACAGUGAUGAUGGGAAACACAAGUGCUGCUAGUGUGCAUGGAGUUGGAAAAGUGGAAAUAAAAUUUCCUUCGGGAAAAAUUCUAUCUUUGCAUGGGGUGCAUCAUGUUCCCGUAAUUAGAAGGAACAUUGUUAGUUGUUCCAUUCUUGUAAGGGAGGGUUAUGAAUUGUCUUUUAAAUUAAAUAAAGUUGUAAUUUUAUUUGGU